UGAUUUAAUUUUUUCUGUUUUAGUCUUGUCCUGUGCCCGUUUGCCAAUUGCUAGCUGCUGUGCAAUCGUCGUUGUGCUCUUACAUCAUUGUGUCCAGAAAGCUUUUACAUGGGAUGGGGAAGUUUACAGCUCGGACGUCAUUCGUAAGACAUGGAUCUCACAAGCUAGGCAUGCUUAUAAAGAUUUUGUCCAUGGAUGUAAGGUUAUUAUCGAUGAAGGGAGCAGACCUCAAUUUCUUCACAAAGACAUUGUUACAAAGUGGAAGGAAUAUUGGGCGGCACCUGAAUUCCAAGUUAAGUCGCAGCAGGCGAGCAAGAAUCGUCGAUCUGAGCCUGCUGGUCCAGGUACAGGGAUAUCUAUCCACUAUGGAGGCUCUCGCAGUGCUAUUAGUCAUGCUGAGCAUGUGGCUCGAGAGAAGAACAUUUCUAUCGCAUAUGCACAUUAUGAUACUUUCAUGAGGAUGCACUUUAAGAAAGGACAGUUCGAUGGACGGGCACAGACUCAGGGUCUUGAGAUACAUAGUCGAGUUGAGGAGUUACGCUCUACUCUUGGACGAGAUGUCACUCCAGAUGAGGUCAGUCAGAUCUAUAGGGAGGUGGUGACGCCAGAUCCGAAGGGGCGGAGACUCGGAUUGGGCAUUAUGUCUCAGAUGCGUUCCACUGGUUCGACGAGCACUCAUUCGACGUGCUCGUCUCAAUUUCCUUCAGCAGCAGUCUCAGCUCAGAUUGCACAGCUCCAGACAGAGUUAGAGCAUACACAACAGAGAGAGGCUACUCUACAGGCUGAGGUGCAGGAGCGACGACGAAAAGAAGCAGAAAUGGAGACUAGGCAGUUGGAAAUGCAACAACAAAUUUCUCAGCUUAUGAAAUUCUUCCAAUCAUCCUCAGGGUCGUUCCCCCGUUCCUCGUCUCCACCCUAAAUACAUGUUUUGUACUUAUUAUAUAUUGUUAUUAGAUUUUUAUUUAGAUCUUUAUGAAUUUAUUACACUAACAGGUAUCCUUUAUGAUAUUUUAUUAGUUUGAUUU